CACUUUAGCCAUCAAAAUAUCAACAACAACGCCGGUUUUCCAUCAAAAAACUCGGCAGAUCGGUUUCGCAUGGCCCGUUGAAUGACAGAAAAAUUUUAUUUUUGGGGUUUCCCCAGGCUUCUGGCCACACUUACCUGCCCCAGCAGCCAUGGCGACCCGCAAAGUCCGAUACAAAAAACUGAGCGUGAAAACGCCCUUGGCAGUGCUCAGAGAGGAUCAGAUCGAUCCGACAGAGUAUGAGUCGCUCACAAAUGAGGCCCAGAUCGCGACAGGCGUCGAACAGGCCGAGGAAAAUGAAUACCAUCUUCAGGCAGUCCUGCAGAGCGCCGGGGUCGCGGCGGAUAAGGAGAUUCCUGUCCCGCCUCCGCAAGAGAGUGCCCUCAACUAUGAUGAGCUCUAUGCGCGGCCGUUCUCGAAGACGUCGACAUACAUCCGCUUCUCCCAAACGGUGGAGGAGUCCAUCGGAUGUAUGUAUGACAUGACCGCGGAUGACGUGGUAUUUCUCAAGUCGUACAACCAGAAGCGGCACGCGGGGGCCCAGCUUUCCGAGGAUGACUUCGAGAGGAUCAUGGACGUGUUCGAGGCGACGUCGGAGCUGAAAGCCCCCUACGCCUCGAUAGACCAGACCAUAGUCCCGUACGAUGAGAUGCUGCAGGGCCUGCAAGAGCUUGACAAGGCCAAGCUCAUGCCUCACGCCAAGGAGAUCUAUGAGUACUGGAAAUCCCGGCGGCAGGCCCUGAACAACCAGCCGCUCCAUCCGACGCUCAAGUUCGAGAGGCACCUGGAGAGCGAUGACGCCGAUCCGUAUGUUUGCUUCCGGCGCCGUGAGGUCCGCCAGACCCGCAAGACACGGGCGAGGGACGUUCAGAGUGCCGAGAAGCUCAAACGCCUGCGGAAGGAGCUCGAGGAGGGUCGCCAGUUGGUUUUGGCUGCGCACAACCGUGAGGUGCUCAAGGCAGAGAUGCUGAAGGCGGAUCGUGCUAUCUUUGAGUUGCGAGCGCAGCUCAAGGAGCACAAGAUCCGGCUAGGCAUCAAGACCGACGACGAAGACCUCAUCAACCAGAAGAGGAGGAAGGCUCCCGAGGCUCCUGCAGUGCAGCGGCCGCCAGCGCCCGCACAGCUGCGCAUCGCCGUGCGGCCAGAUGGCCGAUCUGCUGAGGCUGAUCUCUCGCUGCUUUCUGACCGUCUGGCCGAGAAGGAGAAUGAACUCCGUGCCGAUAUCGAGAAGAAGGUGCAGAGCCACAAUGAGUGGAACCGCGACCAUUUGGACCUCACCCGAGGCCCGCUGUCGCCGGUACAGUGGCCGAGACGGAGCGCCGGCUUCAGGCCCGCAAAGACGCAGUAUUUGAUCACGCCGCCGGCCUCUGUGUCGUCGGUGUCCUUGGAUGAGCCCACGCCUAUGGAGCUUGACAAGCCCCAUCCUCUCCAGUCCGUCUUCAAGUUUAGGGGCGUGGCCCGGGACGAGCAGUCGAGGGAGAAUCCGCCUCUCUAUCGGCGUCGGAUCGGCCGGCUCAACCGGUUAUGGAUUGACCGUCGCGGGUUGGCCAGUCCGCCCCGCGACGUCGAUGCCGAGGUGUUGGAUCGCUGGAAGUAUGAUCAGUCGUCGGACGACGAGGACGACCGGCCGAUGUACGAGGUCGAUCCCUUUGACACCAAUGCUCUGAGAUUCCGGGCUUCGAUCCCACUCCCGCCGUGGAUGACGAAUCGAGGAGCGACUCCUCAUGCACGACCGCCGCUGCCACCACCUCAGCAGCAACCUCAGCCGCACCCAGCAACACAACCACAGCCACAACCACAACCGCAACCACAACCGCAGCCGCAACCACAACCGCAACCGCAACCGCAACCGCAGCAGCAACCACAACCACAACCGCAACCAUCACAGAUACCUCCACAAGCUCAAGCAGCAGCUUGAAAUCCGGGCUUGUUUGCUGCGGUGUGCGUCUGCAGUUUGCGGUCGUUCAUGACAGACAGCGCAUGCGCGGCCGGGUAGUAGCAAGAAAGAUGAU